ACAUUCAACUCAUUAUUAUGAAUUGAACUGUUCAAACGCGUAAUAACAAUAUUGUCUAUUAUAAUUAUCUCUCCAACAUGCAGUGUAUUAAAAUGACGAUUUCAACACUUUUAUUGGUAGUACUAAUGAUUUCUUGCAUACUACAAAUGGCGUCAGCUGGAUAUAACUUUGGCUACGGCGUGAAUGAUCCAUCGACCGGUGAUAUCAAGGACCAACAAGAAACAAAGAAUGGUAAUCAACUGACAGGCUACUACAGGCUACUGGACUCCGACGGUUUGGUCAGAACAGUCAACUACCAAUCGCAUCCAUUAACUGGUUUCACAGCUCAAGUUUCCAGAGACCCAAUUGGGAUGGAAGGACAGACUACAUCCCGGCAAGCGAAGUCUAGAGCGCAACCACAAAAGUCAUGGCCUGCAAUUCCACGUACACCCCUUAUACCAAUCAUCCCCAACUCACGUCUCGAUGAUGGAACAAGGUACGGAUAUCCAGAAGGUUACCCACAAUAGUAGGUGUUCAUUGAAAUCCACAUUUAAAUAUCGCACUCAAUCUAUUUCCCUCUUCAAUAUGCAUAUCUAACCACUGUAAAAUUGUAA